AUGACGUUCCUCGACAUUCUCCGCUGGAUCCUAUCUGCUAGUAACAAAUCCGGUCCCGUCUUGCCUGUUUUGCUUUCCGGGUGCAAGAACAUUUAUAAUACGCUCUUCUGGCGGCUCCACGAACUCAUGAACGGGCUUAUCGACCACACGAUCUCAGUAGACGACGUCCGGUCCCCUGAGCCACUCUACUCCUGCAUCAUCACACAGCUGGACCACAUCCUGGACCCACACGACGGAGACCCUCGCGAGUACAUCGUCGCCCGCGUCGCUCUACCCCACUCCAACACCCCCGACGCACCCCCUCCCUCCGAACCGGCCACCCCGCGCCACAUCGGGCUCGUCAAGCUCGAGCGCUGCUGGGAGGGCCACAUCCCCGUCGAGGAGUACGACAAAUGCGGCGUCUCGAAAAACAGGUCCCGGAACGUCCUGGGUCGAGCGCACGACGCCGCCAACGUCUACGGGCCAUCGAUGAACCCGGUGACGGGGCGCCGCCGGACGGUCCUGCGCUCCUACGGCGCCCCUCUGCCGCUCGUCCGUCUCGUCGUCGCCGCGUGCGCGCUGCGCCGGCUGCACGUCGAGGCCUGCGGGGACACGCACGCGCACGCGUGGUUCGCGCGUGCGCUCUGGGAGCGGCUCGUGCCCGCCGGCAGCGCGGACGUCGUGCACCCGUCGGACUGGCGCAGCCGCCUCGCAGGCAGGAUCGCAGGAUCGCCCGAGCCGCCGAAGUUCGACGACGUUCUGGAGGGGGCGGAGGCGGAGGCGUGUCGGGCGAUCGAAGACGGCGCGCUCGCCGCGUUCGCGGCCGCGCGGGCGAAGAUAGCGGAGUGCCUUUCCCCUGAGGGCGAGUGGGUCUCCCCCGAGGAUCAAGCAAAGACGGUCGAGGAUAUCUCGGAUGCGGUGGACGCGGCCGUGUGGGGGGACUUUCGCGACUUGAGCGAGAGGAAAGACCCAUUGAUGGCGUUGGCGAACGCGGAGGCGGAACGUCGUCUCCAGGCGAACAUCGCGCGCAGGAAGGAGCUUGCCGCUUUGCCCGGAGAGGGACAGGCUUGCGCACGAUAUACUACCUGUGUACUCUCCUUAAAGCCCGAAAUGCGCACGCUUGCGUACAUUCCGCUUCAGAUGGAUCCAGGGGCGACUCUCCUUCCAUACAUCUCACCACCUACACCGACCACCGCUCUCAUCCUUUUACGGUCUCUCAUGACGUUCCUCGACACUCUCCGCGAGGGACUCCGCUACCACGCUGCGUUCUACUGGUGGAUCUUAUCUGCUAACAAAUCCGACCCCGUCUUGCCUGUUUGGAUUUCCGGUUGCAAGAAGGGUGAAACGCACUUCUGGGGGCUCCACGAACUCAUGAACAGUCUCAUCGACCGCACGAUCUCGGUAGACGACGUUCGGUCUCCUGCACCACUCUACUCCUGCAUCGUCACCCAGCUGGACCACAUCCUGGACCCAAACCACGGAGACCCUCGCGAGUACAUCGUCGCCCACGUCGCUCUACCCCACCCCAAAACCCCCGACGCACCCCCUCCGUCCGAGCCCGGGGCCCCCCCGCUUCCCAUCGGGCUCGUCAAGUUCGAGCGCUGCUGGAAGCACCACAUCCCCGUCGAGCAGUACGACAAAUGCGGCUGCUCGAGAAGCGUGUCCCGGCACAUGUCAUGCCGAGCGCACGACGCGGCCAGCGUCUACGGGCCGUUCCUGGACCCUUUGACGGGGCGCCGCCGGACGAUCCUGCGCUCCUGCCGCGCCCCCCCGGUGACGCUCGUCCGUCUCGUCGUCGCUGCGUGCGCGCUGCGCCGGCUGCACGUCGAGGCCUGUGGGGACACGCACGCGCACGCGUGGUUCGCGCGCGCGCUCUGGGAGCGGCUCGUGUCCCCUAGCAGCGCGGACGUCGCGUACCCGCCGGAUUGGCGUACGUGGCUCGCAGGCCGGCUCGGAGGAUUGCUCGCGGCGUCCGAGCCGCCGAAGUUCGAUGCCGUUUUGGAGGGGGCGGAGGCGGAGGCGUGCCGGGCAAUCGAAGACGGCGCACUCGGCGAGUUCGCGGUCGCGCGGGCGAAGAUCGCGGAGCGCCUCUCCGCUGAGGGCGAGUGGGCCUCCCCCGGGGAUCAGGCGCAGGCGGUCGAGGAUAUCUCGGACGCGGUGGACGCGGCCGUGUGGGGGGACUUUCGCGACCUAGACGAGAGGAAAGCCCUGGCACUGUUGGCAAAGGCGUGCGCGGAGGCGAGCGCAACUGCAAGCAGGAAGCUUAAGCUUGAGGAACUUGCCGCUUUGCCCCGGGGAGAGGGACAGGUGUCUUCUGACAGCUGGGAUAUGAGAGGGUCCACUGCGACCGGAUCCAGCUACAGAGUUUCCGCAGCACGUACGAAAGCGAACGCUGACCGGACGUUCCGCGUUUUCGGAUAUGUCGCGAAAAAACCGAGCACGUUCCUUAUUACCAACGAGGUCAUGAUGGAGGGUGUAGGCAGCUAUGAAUUUGACUAUUCGUACAUGAUGCCGACGCCGGGUGGCUAG